ACCAGUCAGUAGCCUCAAAAUAACAUGAUACUGCUUAGAAAGUACUCCCGAAGCUCUUUUGUGUGCAACAGAGUGACAAAGGCAGAGGGAAACUAAGGAGACAAUGAACAUAUUCUGGGUCAUUUAUUGAAGACAGAGCGAUCUUGUGUUCCUGUGACCUCACUGUGUUCUCCCACAGCAACAGCCAACCAGUCUCAGUAGUGAAGGUAGAGACUGAAGCAAACCACAGAGCUUCUCACCGGACGUCUACUGCAGCAGUGGGACGUUUGGACCCUGCUUCGAUAACAGAUUAUUAAAGGAGCCAUCAGCUGGAAAAAUGGGGUGUUUCGGAUUCCUCAAAGCCAUGAUGAUUGCUUUUAAUGGCAUCAUCUUCUUGGCCGGGAUCGGCAUCCUGGGCGUGGGGAUCUGGGUGAAGGUAGACAGCGGCUCCAUCUUCAACUUCCUCGGAAAAAUCGACAACGUCCCACCGGAAAUUAAUCAGGUGCUCAACGUGGGAUACCUGCUGAUCGCCAUCGGUGCCCUCCUGGUCGUCAUCGGCUUCCUGGGCUGCUGUGGGGCCAUCAGGGAGAGCAAGUGCAUGCUGGUGCUGUUUUUCAUGAUAGUCUUGCUGGUUUUCAUCGCUGAGGUGGCAGGGGCGGUGGUCAUUCUGGUUUUCAGACCUGUGGCAGAUUCACUGUUUGAAAAGGUUGGCACAGCAGCAGUUAAGAGCAUCCAGAAAGACUAUGGCAGCAAUACUGACAUUACUGGACUGUGGAAUACCACCAUGGACGGGUUAAAAUGUUGUGGAUUCUACAACUACACAGACUUUACGGGUUCCCCGUAUUACACGGCGCACAACAAUACCUAUCCACCACGCUGCUGCCUGGUCGACAGCCCAUGUAACGCAACUAUGGCAGACUCAAAAAUCGCAGAUGGCUGCUUCCCAAAGAUCAAGAAGUUGAUUGAUAGCAACACAGUGGUGAUUGUGGGCGUUGCUCUAGGGAUUGCUGCUCUGGAGAUUUGUGCCAUGAUCGUCUCCAUGACGCUCUACUGCAGAAUAAAAUCCACCAGGGCCUAACGAAGAGCAGGACGUCCUUCUACUUCCUGCCUCAUCGGGGAAAACACCGACUGCGACGUCAGGUCUUGUGCAAUCGAGGACAACUGAAUGAUAUUUUUUACUACAUCUCGAUUUAUGAAGUAGAUUUAAUUUAUGGAUCUAAAAUAUUAAUUUUCUGAGAAAUCAUCAAGAAAUCCCUCUUUCCAUUGUGUAUAUAUGAAAGAGAGCUAAAGCACUUAACACGUAUCCAGUUGUUGGGGAAUUACAUGAUGCAGUUCCUGUAAUAAUGAAGCAAAAGCUGGUUGUUGUGUUUUGGAGGUGAAUGAUGUACGAGAGCUUCUUGUAUGAUAAAUGUAGUUGAGCAAUAGUUGUUUGUCGUAAAUUGAUUUGUAUUUGCAAUAAAAUCAUAUAUUUCCGUGUAAAGGG